AUGGCCAAAGAUAAAUCACGGAAACACUCGAAUGGCAAGCGUCAUUCAAAUGCCACCCCACAAAAGUCCAGCACCUUCAUGCAAGACAUUGUUGAUCUCACCCAGACCGAUCCAUGGGCUCACCAGGCGAGACGAGCACGAUCUGUUGCGCCUGUCGCACCUGUCGCACCUGGCUCGAGCUCGAAGCCGACACCACUGUCACCGGGAUUCCCAAUAAGAAAGAGUGUAGAAAGAGGAUCGCGUCUAACCACGACGAUCAACGUCCCUCAAGAUCCGAAAUCGAACCCCGCCUACAUCUUUCAACAGUUGGCGUUGGCUAACAAUCGUGCGAACACUCGUCCUUCCUUCUUUGGGACUCUCAACCCGGAUGACGGUGAAAGUUCAGGCAGGAAUGAUACCACUGAGCGUGAUGAUUCCCCAACUCCAGGUCACAGAGGGGCGAUGGACACAGACAAGGCUAAGAAAAAGAAGUCUAGUCAAGGGAAGGGGAAGGAUAAGCAGCCAGACAGAGAGUUUAAAGACAAGAAGCCAGCUGACACCAGCAAAACUCAACGCCAUGAGGAAGAGGCCAGGCAACGAGAGGAAAAGAAGAAACGCAAGGAGGAGAAGAAGAACAAGAAACAGUUGACCAGACCUGUGGAGACUCAAGCAGUUGCCGCAGCAGAGUCCCGGAAGCGUAAACGUGACAAUGAAGAGGCUGAGGCGUUUAAACGCCGAGUCGAAGUCGAAGCCAAUGCCGUCAAGAGACUUCGCGAAAGCCUUCCAACUGUCCGCCUUGACCGCGUGUUUGGGAAGCUUGAGCAAGAGGAGGGCAUCAAGCCGACCGAGAUGGCCGUGCUGCUCACGACCGCCAGAGACACGAUCCUCGACCUGGCGAGGCAGCAGGUCCUGCAAACUCAGAGGGCGCAAAGAACCAUUCAAGACGAGUUGCUGAGGAUUCUGAAAGAACAGAGAGACAAGCUUGCCGAGCUGGAGGGAAGGGCCAAGCUCAGUGCUGCUCCAGCUUUAGCGGCACAUCGUCCCGAGAAGGGGAUGGUCGAAGUGAUCGAUGGCACAUCCUCUUCUUCUUCAAACGAUAGCAGCCGUGACGAGGACAGCGUGCAGAAGUCAGGUGUCGGAAGGAGAACAAACAAUUCUUCGCCCCAGCAGAGACCUCUCGACAGAUGCGCAACACAGUGA